AUGGGAGCUGAAAAGAAAUGGCUUUUCACUCUCUUCUCUGUUGUAUUCCUCUCUGUUUUUCUUCUCUUACUAUACUCAAUCUCUGCUUUUAGCUCUAAGCCUUUCCCUUCUGCAAUCCGUCAUGGGUCUCAUUACCCACCUGCUUUCGCUUAUUACAUAACCGGUGGUCGUGGAGACAAUGACCGGAUCUUUCGGUUGUUGCUCGCGGUUUAUCAUCCUAGGAAUCGGUAUCUUCUGCAUCUAGGAGGUGAAGCUACUGAUGCUGAGAGGUUAGCUCUUCUCUCAGACUUGAAAUCUGUGCCUGCAGUGAAUGCUUUUGGGAAUGUGGAUGUGUUAGGUAAAGUCGAUCGUCUUUCUGAUAAUGGUGCUUCUAAAAUCGCUGCUACUCUUCACGCUGUUUCGAUCUUGUUGAAGCUUGAUCGUACUUGGAAUUGGUUCAUUGAGCUUAGUGCCUUGGAUUAUCCCCUCAUUACUCAAGACGACUUGUCUCAUGUGUUUGCUUCGGUGAAUAGAAGCCUCAAUUUCAUUGAUCAUACUAGUGACCUUGCUUGGAAAGAAUCUCAGAGAAUCAAGCCUAUCGUUGUCGAUCCAGCGCUUUACUUAGCCAGAAGAACUCAGCUUUUUACUGCUACCGAGAAACGACCAACACCAGAUGCUUUCAAAGUAUGUGUGGCUGAAUAUUGCAUCUUCGGUUGGGACAAUUUACCGAGAAUCCUCCUCAUGUAUUUUAACAACGUCAUUCUCGCUGAAGAAUGCUACUUCCACACGGUGAUCUGCAACGCCCCCGAGUUCAGUAACACGACAGUCAAUGGGGAUUUACGGUACAUGAUAUGGGACAGUCCGCCAAAGAUGGAGCCGCACUUCCUUAGCGUCUCAGAUUUCGAUCAAAUGGCUCAAAGCGGAGCAGCAUUCGCCCGGCAGUUCAAGAAAGACGACCCUGUCCUCGACAUGGUCGACAGAGAGAUCUUGAAACGUGGACGUUACCGGGUCACCCCCGGAGCUUGGUGCGCUAGCCACAGCAGCUGGUGGACAGAUCCUUGCUCGGAAUGGGACGAAGUAAACGUGGUCAAAGCUGGACCUCAGGCUAAGAAGCUAGACGAGACAAUAACGAAUUUUCUUGAUGAUUUGAAUACACAAUCGAAUCAAUGCAAGUGA